UAAAACAAUACAAAAAAUAGACAAUUGCGUUCUGUAAUCUAAAAAGCAAAAAUUUACUGUAGAAUACAGAGCAACCCCACCCUUUUUACAGUGACUCCCCUAUUUUGCACAACUUCAGUCUUUUCACUGAGAAAUUUUAAACCACCCUCUUUUCGCAAAAAUUCAGAAAGUCGAACCAUUGUGAAGUUUAUGAUUAAUAAACCUUGUGUUUAAUAUUUGAUGUAUGAAUUUUUUGAACCCUCCCGUUAAUUUUAUGAUUUUUUUUCGAAACUUCACUUUAGAAUGUAUUUUAGCAAAAUAACAAUAAUUUGGGUGGAGCAUCUCACACACAAAAAGUAAUGCAAUGGAUAUGAUGAAAGUAUUCCAGUAUACAUAGUUUUUCUCAAGGUAUGUUCAUCAUCAUAGAAUUGUUUAUGAACCUAAAUUUAUACAUUGUGUUUUAACAGUAUAACAAUACAUCUCUUAUAAAUGCAAAUGUUAUGAGAAUGAAGCAUCUGGUUAUCAAUUUUUUUACCACCUUGAAUCAUAAAGGUGUAAUUAAAGAAAAUUGAUUAUUUGUGCUCACUAAUCUCCUGAUAUUUCUUUCAACAAAAAAACACUUAUCAUUCAAAAAUAAAGCAUCAUUAUUUCUUUAAAAUUAAUUUAUGAGCAACAAGGUAAGGAAUCUUUGAACUAUAUUUUAAAAGGAUUGCAACAAAAUGUAGAUGCUAUAUGUUCUAGGUGUAAAUAUGGAUACAAGAGAAAGUAUCAUUGCAAAGGCUGUUGCCAAGAAUCUUAAAAAAUAUCUUCAUAUUCAAAGGAGAGAGCAGGGAUUUGAUUUAUCUGAUCCUUAUCAUCCUGUGAGAGAGCCACAAACUAAGUUGAAGGUUCAUGUAAACAAUUUUUUCAAAGAAGAUGUAGAUGAGCUUGCCAAGUCAAAUGAGUUGAAACAUCAAAUUAACAAAAUGCAGUCAUCAAAAGAUUUGUCUGAUCACGAAACUGUCGCAAGGUUAAAUUUGGAGCGAGAAAUGUCUCGAUAUAAUAACCCAACUAUCGUUUCACCUUACGCACAUCCAGUUCAAAUGCGAAGAAGAGUGCAUAAAAAAAGAAUCAUGUCUGCUAGUAAAGUUGGGCGUGGUCAGAAAGUCUAUCGACGUGCUCCACCUCAGAAAAUAACAAAUACUGAAAGAGAUCGAAUAGUUAAUCUAACAACCAAAUUACUCGUUGCAACUGAAACGAUUGCACUUCCGCAGAAUAGAAAACAAUCCAGGGAAAGUCAAACCAGUUCCGAGGACAGCUUUCCUGCAAUACCUGCUGUUCGCCGUGUUCAGAAUUUGAGACCAAAGAGUGCUUAUUCAGAUCCUGGACAGAGAUCAAAUAAGUUAAAUACUACAUCAAAAUCAGCACGUACCAGAUCAGCAGAACAAACAAGAAAAGAUAGUUCCUUGACAUCAACUGACGACGAUAGUAUUAGGAACCAAUCGAGUGAUUUUCAUGUUAAAAAGCUUGAACACGGCUACCUAGUGAGGAAAAAUCCUGCUCAGAUUUCGUUAAGACCAAAAAGUGCUGUCAUAUCCAGUCGUUUUAAACCUCCACCCAAACCUGCUGACAGUGAUAGCUUUGAAGACGAUGACGAGUUUUACACACACGCAUCCACUGAAGUGAGUCCUGUUGCAACUCCUCGAACAGUUUGGUCAGAAUCUGACAAACUACAAGCAGACACUUCUACCCAAACCUCUAUUACAAGAGGAACCCAAACUAACAAAGCAACUCCGAAACAUUCAGGAAGCAAUCAUAUCGUUCUGCCGAAAGUGGUUGACAAAGCGAGUGACAGUCAAGUCUCGUCUGGUGACGAACUUUCUUACAGAGAGCAACCCAGCAGUGAGGAUAUGUCGACUCAGACAAGACGAAGAAGUGUCGAACCAAAAGUGGUCACUUAUGAGGUAUAUGUUGUUACUGGGAACAAACUUGGUGCCAGUACUAAUAGUGACGUCAUCAUUAAUAUAUUUGGUGAAAAUGGAAGCACAGGUGAUCGGCCACUUAUAAAAUCAAAAUCAAGUAAAGUUCCCUUUCAGAGAAAUCAGGUUGAUGUGUUUGACUUGGAUUGUAUGUUUCAUGGAAAACUAUCUAAUGUUCGAAUUGGACAUAAUGGCAAAGCUUUAGCGGACGGUUGGUUUUUGGACCGCAUUGUGGUUAGAGAAGGUUUAAAGGCUACAAGAGCUUUUAAUUUCCAAUGCAAAAAAUGGUUAUCUGCUAAGGAGGGUGAUGGUCAAAUUGUAAGAGAUUUAACCCUGACAAGACAAAUACCAGUUUCCGAGCUCCCUUCCAUAUCACAGCGAAAAAUUUCGAGUCGGCGGUUAUCGUCGAGUGAAGACAACACUAGUAGCACUUCUCCUGUGAAGACGCGAAAACAAUCUUCAGAUUCAUCUACAAGUAAAACCGCGAAAAAAAAUACUCGCGAAUACUUUGAUCAUAAUGAUAAUUUUAAUGGGGGUAGUCAGCGAAGUAAUACACCAAGUAAAGGUAGCACAAAACCUGCCUCAAGAAAUAAUUCUUUCAGUAAAAAAUCAAAAAGCCCAACCCCGCGAAGGAGAACGCCCUCCAUUUCAAGUUCAGACUUAUCUUCUGAUAGCGAGACUGAAAGAGAAAAACGUGAAAUUGAGAAACGAAGAAGAAGAGAAGCCAAGCGUUCAACUAGAGACAAGUCUGUUGAAAAACCGAAAGCAAACCUUGGUGGUAUUAUAAAUAAAAUUGAUCAGAAUUUGAACCAAAAAAGAAAUACUCGUCGAAACAGUAGCGAUAGUUCACAAGCACGAAGAGGGAGAGUUACACCUACUCGCACGUCACCGAAACCCAAGCCAAAGCAAAGUCCGUCGCCAACACCGAUGAAGCAGGAAUCGAAGGGUAUUAAUAAAACAAGUAAACCAGCGUCUCCAAAACGUGAGGAGAAUGACUUUUCCAACAAAACUCCUGAGAAAGCAGAGACUGAUUCUGAUAGUAGUAGCGAAAGCUCCUCCUCCGAAGUGAGUUCUGAGGAAGACAAUGCAAAAGAACAAAAAUCUUCUCCACAAAAAAACGACAGUGAUGAUGAAGACAAAAUCGAAUUUUCAAACAAAGAUACAAAGAAGACAUAUUCCGGAUCAAGUGAUGACAUGUACAUGGCUGGAUUUUUGGCUGGUAUAAAAGCUAACAAAGCAAAAGAUGAAGAAAAGAAGCAGGAGGAACUGCAAAAACAAGAAUUUGAAGAAACCAUCAAAAGUGGGCCUACUAUCCAUCAGUGCUGCGAGGAUGGCGAUUUAGAACGUGUAAAAGAACUUAUUGCGGCUGUACCUGAUUUAAAGAACAAAGCAGAUGAAAGGGGAUGGUCCCCUAUUCACAUCAGUGCUGCCUUUGGCCAUUUGGAUCUAGUGAAAUGGUUAUCAGUGAGUGGAGUGCAGCUAACGGCAGAAACGCCUACUGGCUACACAGCUAUUCACUUAGCUGCUAUGAACGGGCAUGUGAAUUGUAUUAUGAUCCUGGCUGCCAUGGGUUGUCCGAUAAGCUCUCGUACUGUGGACGAUUUUACUCCACUGCAUCUUGCAGCAAUGAGUGGUCAUAUUGAAUGUGUGAAAUGGCUACUUUCCAAUCGUGCAAAAGUUGACGUGAAAGAUGUCAACGACAGGACGCCGUUAGAUCUUGCUAUUGAAUAUCAACACGAUGAGUGUAUACAAUUACUAAAAGUGAUGAAGAAGGAAUUAGGUCGAAAAGACAGCGUUAUGAAAAUGUUAAGAGAUCCUCAUGCUCUGAGAAAGCCCAGCGUCGACCAGGCGGGCUCAAUUGUGGCGUCUUCAAAGGGCGGAGAUAGUGGCGUAGGCGGGGAAAGUAAUGAUGAAGAAGAAUGGGUUAGCGAUACUGAAGACACUAGUGACGUCGUCGGUAGAGGCGGCGACGAUAGGUCAGACGCAGCGCGACGUACGUCAAUUCAGGUUGGUCGAAAAGAAUCGGUCGGGAGAAAAAUAAGUCAUACAAGUGGUAAUGCACCAUCCAGAAGAAUAUCAAAGCAGGAGGAGAGACAAAUAGAACAACUGGAGGAGAAGAAAAGAAACUACGAAACACAAAAACGAAAACUGGAAAAAAAACAUUCAUCUUUUUUGGAUAGUAUACGGCAAGAAGUUGAGAGUGGUGGUUGUGAUCAAGAUUUUUAACCUGCUAAAAAAAUAUUUUCAAAACGAGCUUUCUGCAGGGCAGUCUUACAGAAGUACUCUUUAACGGGAUACGAAUUCAUCGAAACAGGGCGUCAGUGGCGUAUUUCCUGUAAAUACACCUAGGUGAAGAAACUGAAGGGAUAACUGUACACAAUGUACAUAGAACAAUUUGUAUAUAAAAGAAUAUACAUGCAUACCAAAGUAUGCGUUUAUAAUAUGUAUAUAAAAGAAUACACAUACUUCUGUGCGUAUGUAUACGAUAUUUCGCUGACAUAUAUAUAGAAUGUACACGCAUACCAAUGUAUGCGAUAAUAAUAUGUAUAUAUAAGAAUACAUAUACUGCCAUGCGCAUGUAUAAUAAUGUGGUAAUAUCUUGUUGACAUUCAAGUGUCAGCUGCUCAGCGUGUGACAUAACGAUGAAUUUGGAUAAUUACGGAUUAUUUAUACCCGACAGACAGAUGUUCAGAACAUAAUUAUGUUUUGAUUAAUUUUUGUCUACGACAUCUGAUUGUAUAUAAUAAACUUUUAAACUUGUAUUUAUAUUUUAUUGAUGGACAAUCGUGUCGUAUAUAAUCGUGAGUGACGCUAGUCUCUUUCUUACGUCACAAGACAUCAGUCUCCAUGGUAACCUGAACAUUUUGGUGAAUUUGUGUUUACUACUUUACUACCUACACAACUAUCUUUCUAUCGUUAAAAAUAUAUGUAACAAUCUUUCAGUCUCAAAACACACCAACUUCCAUCACAAGAUGUUUGAUUUUUAUAAGAAGAGUCUUUGAUAAAGGGAUUGGAAGCUAAGUUAUUAUAUAACUUAUUACUCAGGUUGUUUGGGAUACAGUGUAUGGAAGCGUUAAAUUUAAAAUUGAAUGCCAUAAGACGCUUGUUUUUAUGUUUCCACAGUUCUUGUAUUUAUCAAAACUUAUAUUUCGGCGCUUCUUGAAACACAUGGAAAGGAGUUUUAUCAAUACGAAAAUAUUUUCUCCAAAAUUUUUCUUCCUAAGCUUUGCAUGUAAUAUUGCUAACAAGUAGUAAAAAAAGAGGUGUAUUUAUGUGUUGUUAUAGUUUGUGAUGUAACGUGUGCAUGAAUUUAUUAAUUUAUUAAUUUAUUAAUUUUAUGACCAAAUGUUUCUUUUU